AUGGAGGAGGCCCUUGCAGGACCACAGGCACUCAAAUGGUGGAAGGCAAUGCAGAAUGAGGUCAAUACCUUUGACAAACUAGACACAACCAAACUCACUGAAUUACCCUACAAACGCAAGGCAAUGGGGAACAAAUGGGUUCUCACGCUCAAGCAAGAUGAGAAUGGUGAACCAGUAUGCUAUAAAGCACAAUUAGUUGUCCAAGGUUUUAGCCAACAGCCAGGUAUCAACUUUGAUAAGACAUUUGCACCUGUUGUACAAUUAGAUUCCAUUUGUACACUUGUAUUGCUUGCUAACAACAACAACUGGGAUAUUGUUAUGGAUAUGAAAUUUCUUCAAUAA